AUGGCCGACUACAGCCGCUACGGCCACGGCCAAGGAUACGCGCCCUCCUCCUCCUCGCCGUACGGCAACGGCCAGGGAUACGGCCAGGGCAACGGCUACGCGCCCUCCUCCUCCUCGCCGUACGGCAACGGCCAAGGAUACGGCCAGGGCAACGGCUACGCGCCCUCGGCGCCUCCCGCGCCCACGCCCUCCUCCUCGCCGUACGGCUACAGCUACGGCUACGGCCAAGGAGGCUACCCGCCGCCGAUGGGAGGAGGUUUCGGAGGAGCGGUGGCGUUCCCGCCGAGGACGCACCCGGACGUGGAGCGCGCGUUCCGGGCCGUCGAUCGCGACGGCAGCGGCAGCAUCGACGAGGGGGAGCUGCAGGCCGCGCUCUCCGACGCGUACCACCGCUUCAGCAUCCGCACCGUCCGCCUCCUCAUGUUCCUCUUCAGCAACGCCCAGCUCGCCUCCCCGCGCUCCCGGAUGGGGCCAGCGGAGUUCGUGACGCUGUGGAACUGCCUCGGGCAAUGGCGGGUCGUUUUCGACAGAUACGAUAGGGAUUGCAGCGGGAAGAUCGACUCCGACGAGUUGAGAGAAGCUCUUCGUGGCCUGGGAUACGCGGUGCCGCCUUCGGUCAUUGAUCUUCUCAUUGCAAACUACAACAAUGGUGUUUCCCACCGCGGCGCCCUAGACUUCGACAACUUUGUGGAGUGCGGAAUGGUUGUGAAGGGUCUGACUGAAAAAUUCAAGGAGAAUGACACGCGCUACACCGGCUCGGCAGCUCUUACCUAUGACGGCUUCUUGUCAAUGGUCGUCCCCUUCAUUGUACCUUAG